UGCCAAGACUUGACGGCGCUAAUGUUUCAAGCCUUGGGCAUCGAAGGCCCCAUUAUGCCGCCGACGAUGCCUAAAAGCCUGCGGGAACACCUCUACCCAAGCCAGCGACAACAACAACAGCUUCAGCAGCAGCGGCAGCAGCUGCAGAAACAGAGAUACCUGGCUUACUUGACUUCUCAGCAACAGCGUCAGACUAAAGAUAAUCCCUACACAUUGCUUCGACAGAUGCAGCAGAUGAAAGCUGCCAGAGAACAUCCAAGAAAGAUCAAUGACGCUAAAGCUGCAGGCUGCGCUCAACCCGGUGAGGCGGCGCCAAUUUUGAUGUUCAGUGACUGCAGAAACGCGGCUUCACGCAUGAUCUGUCAAGCAGAAAUGAUGACAUGCAUGAAUGUAGGGAUGGGUUCAAUGUGCUGUCCUUAUGGAAUUAACGGUCUGGCCCUGGACGCCAUUGGUUACGUCAACAAGAUGCAGCAGUACGUAGAGGCGUUCGCAUAA